GAAUUUCAAGAUUAUGGCAGCAUUAGCACCUGGGAUUUUGUUGAAGUUGCUAAAUGGGAUGAAAUCAGGGGUGAAGCCUACAAGUGAACAUAGGAGUUCACUUUUGCAGGUUACUGAUAUUGUUCCUGCAGAUCUUGAUGAGAAGAAUUUAUGGCCAAAGCAUGGAUUUUUCAUCAAGGUAUCGGAUUCUUCACAUUCCAUUUAUGUAAGUCUUCCAGAUGAGCAAGAUGAUUUGGUUUUAAGCAAUAAAAUGCAGCUAGGACAGUUCAUUUAUGUUGAUAGAUUAGAGCCCGGUUCGCCUGUUCCUGUUGUUAAAGGUGCUAAGCCUCUUCCUGGGAGGCACCCACUUGUGGGAACUCCAGAACCAUUAAUGGGGUUGAGAGAAAAAGGCGAGAAAGUUGAACGAAAAUUCAAUCAGAGUCAGUCAGCUCCAAGAAGGGGUUCUUGGGGAAUAGGCCAAAAUGGGGUAGAAGUUGUUGCUUCAUCUCCUCAAGUUUUGAAGCCAGUUCCUAUUGAUUUCGAUCAAUGUACACCGAUAAAAGAGAGGUCUAGUGCUGUCAAAUUUGCGCGAAUUAUUCCAAUGUCACCUCUUAUUCGGGGAAAAUUCUCCAAAGAUGGAGGAGCUAGUGGUGGGAUGGUAAGGUCAUCAGCCGGUGGCGCGUUGUUGUCUAAAUUGAUGGAGGCUAAAGGGGAAAGUCCUUCUAUGGUGAGAAAAAGUUGUGCUACCCCUAGCAUGAUGAAGUUUCCAAGGAGUAGAAGUGUAACAGAUCGCGAUCGAGAACAAAGAAUUGUCAAUUCACCUUUAAACUCAGCUACACAGGAGAAGAAAAGUUCAACCCCACCACCUAGUUUACGGAGUGCACGAAUGGCAGCUUCACCAACAGUAGGCAGAGAUUCUCAAAGACUUCCCAAUUCGAAAAAGUCGUCUCAAGAACAACAACAAUCUCAGCCUAUUGAUUCUUUACCUCAUGACAACACUAGUCUGACUGUUAAUCUGCCUGGAAAACUUAGUAUGUUGGGAAAGGAAGCUGUACAACAAAGGGAAAAUGCACAGAAAAUUGCUCUUCAAGCACUAAGGGAUGCAUCAGCUACAGAAAAUCUCGUGCGGUCUCUAAAGGUGUUUUCGAACUUGAGUAGAGCUGCGAAACCUGAUGCACCAACAGCCUGUUUUGAUCAAUUUCUUGAAUUUCAUGAACAACUUGUGCAAGCUGUUGCAGAAAUGGUAUCCAUUCAAGCAGCAACAGCUUCAAACGAAACGUCACAAACUCCAAAAGCUGAACAAGAGAAUGGUGGUGCCCCUAUUCUACACGAAAUAGUGCAGAAUUCACUGGAAGAAUCACGAGACAAUGAAUCAAAUGCAUCGAAGAGGAGAGCUGCACUUUACAAAUCCAUUGCAGUCUUUCCUGAAAGGAGCGAUCAAAAAUCAAUUCUUGGAAAGCAUUUGAGAUCAACAUCAAAGGCAAUAAAAGGAGUAUUAAAUACUAGCAUAAAUGAGAACGACGAGAACAAGAAACCAGCUUCUUCUUCGAUAAGCAGCAGCAUUUCCAAUACAAUCAAAUUGGGAAAGCAGAUUGAGAGUGAAUCAGGAAGUUGGUUUAUGGAUUUUCUUGAAAAGGCACUGGAGAAAGGGCUGAAAAAGGUCAAAGGAAAAGCAGCAUCAGAUUCUUCAAGCAAAGUCCCUCAAUCACUCUUGCUUAAAGUGAUCAAUUGGGUAGAGGUGGAACAGUUUGAUUCAAAUAAACGCGCUAUUCAUCCUAAAGCUGGACAAAUCGCCAGAAAGUUGAGGAUCAAGGUCAAGAAUCCCUGAGAAAAGCAGUAUCUUCUGUUUAAGAAACUCAGAUUUAUUGUAUUUGUAUCAAUCAUUCUUUGAUAAGUUUGUGGAGACUGUUGUU